ACUGGCCACCUCUGUGGAAGGCUUAAACAUGGCGUCCGUGGAGCAGCAGAAGCAGCAGCAGAGUUACUUCGUGCGCCUGGGGUCCCUGUCCACCAAGCUCCGCCACCGAGCCUACCAGCACUCCCUGGGCAAGCUGAGGCAUGCCCGGCAGAGCACCCAGGAGGUUCUGUCCCAGCUCCACCAAACCAUCGAACUGAUGGAGCACGCCAAGCAGGGUGUUGAUCAGAAGAUCCGUGAUGGCCAGGAGAAGCUGCACCAGAUGUGGUUGGAGUGGAGCCAGAGGCAGCCAAGUCAGAGUAAGGAGACAGGCUCUGUGCAGCCAGAGCAGGUAGAGGAGCAGGCGCUGGCCAUGUCCCGCAGCCUCACCCAGCAACUGCAGACCACCUGCCUGACUCUGGUGUCCAGCCUGCAAGGCCUCCCUGCUGACCUCCAGGACAAGGUGCAACUGGUUCGUCACCACGUCGAAGAACUACGUGCUUCAUUCUCCGCUGCCGGCUCCUUCCAUGACUUGACUGGCAGCGUCUUGGCCCAGAGCCGUGAACGAGUGACCAAGGCCCGCAAGCUGGUGGAUGAACUGAUGGAGCAGGUGGCGCAUAAUGUCCCCCAUUCUUGGCUAGUGGGACCCUUCGCCCCAUCAGGCAAGCAGCAGGAGGAAAUGGAGAUGGAGUCAUGUCCUGCAGAUUAAGGACUCAAAGGGGCUCUCCUAAGCAUAGAGCUUCAUGGGGGUUUGGGUAACUCAUGCCACUUGUCACUUCCUGUCACAGAUCUAGCCUGGCUCCAUAUCUAGAUAGCAGCACUUGGUGUUUGGACACAAAUGCCUCAGUCCUGGCAUCCAUCUUGCCUUGCUUAGGUUUGUUCUCUCCCACUAAACACUUGGGGAGGAGAAACUUAUCCUGCAUCUCACAGGUGUGGCUGUCUCCCAAACCUGCCUGUAGGCAGGGUCAGAGGCUUACCAGCAAAACUGAUUCCCUCUGACUAGUCAAGAGAUCCCAUUUUGGGGGUCAAAGGCCCAGCUUUCAAGCUGGGGGGCCUAGUUUGCCAUCUCUAGGCAACAGCCUCAGUCUUCAGAGCAUUUGCCCAGCACCUCCAAAGCCUAGACCACUUCUGUUUAGCAACCAGCUUCAACCCUGACCUUGUCUCCUAGACUCCAUUCAGGUGGUAGCAGUAGGCAGUUGAGCACAUGUUGCGUUCUCAAUCUGUCUUAGUGGCCUGCAAAUUCUCCAGCGGCACAGUAAAGAUGGCAGCUCCCCUGUCAAGGAUUUCUGACCCAACUGGUCACUUCCUAUGAGAUGUUGUUCACUGCCGAUCCCAA